AUGUAUCUUGAAGCGUCACUCUUCUGGAUGACUGACAUUUCCCUAACUCUUUGUCAAGUUUGUCGAGCAGUGCAUCGAUCAGAUCAAUGUUGGAUCACCUCCGAUCCGUGGACUUCUCCGCGACAAUACCAUGUCGAAGCAGGGCUGCUGGGAUCUAUUUCCCUAGGAUUUUUCCCCCAACCCGUGAACACUGCUGAUAAGCAGUCUAUAAACGACGACAGACAAGAAGGGAGAGUAGAAGAAACGAACAUUGUCAGGCUACCUGAAGAUCGAGACUACGACCUCGUAUGGAAGAUCUGUGAUCUGACCAUGGCCAAUUCUGCUCUCUGA